GGAGUGUCGGCUAUUCCUGAUUUCCCAGCCCCUUUCAGUGGGUGUCCUAGCCUUACCUCAACAACAGUGCUAAACUACUUACAUAAACAGUUAGCGCUCAACCAUGAGUCGUGGUGGUACCAAAACCGGGCCAAGAACCCAGGAAAAUGUCUCCUCUACACUUCUCAUGCCCCAAGAAAAUCAGAAGGUCUUUCAGCUAUUGGGUCGAAAGUGUACAACUUUGGCCACCUCGGUAGUUCAGCUGUACCUGGCACAGAAUGGAGACCGAUGGAUCAAGCAGUAUUGUGGGGUUCUGUGCUUCGUUAAGGACAAUCCCAAACGCUCCUACUUCAUCCGCCUGUUUGACCUCACUGAAGAGAAAAUGUUAUGGGAGCAGGAGCUGUAUCAACAACUGAUGUAUAUCACACCUCGGCCAUUUUUUCACACCUUUCCCUCAGACGAAUGUCAAACUGGUCUGAACUUUGCAGAUGAAGAUGAAGCUGCAACUUUCAAAGCCGUAGUGGAAGAAAAGAUACAGAAACGUCAGCAAAAACAAGAAAAACGUCAGAUUCUGCCCCCACCUCCUCCAGUCUCUGAUGGUGGAAUAUUUUCCUCCUCCCCCGUUUCAAAUGUAGGAAGAAGUACCAUGCCUCUGCCACCAGCCCCAGGAUCCUUUUCUAAUGGUUCCAGCCCACAUCUAUCCCCCAACACAAGCAUAAACUCGCCAGUACUCCAAAAUCAAGAUAUGACAUCCGGAAAACACCGCGGUCUAUCUAUGAUCAGCAACAAGAGCAAAACCAGCAAAGGCAAGAAAAAGUUCUCAAAGGCAGACAUUGGAGCUCCCAGCGGCUUCAAACAUGUCGGCCAUAUAGGAUGGGAUCCCAACAAUGGAUUUGAUGUGGAUGCUCUGGACCCUGAACUACGCAGUCUGUUUAGCCAAGCAGGUAUCAGUGACGACCAGCUUACAGAUAAGGAGACCUCAAAACUUAUAUAUGACUUCAUUGAACAGCAAGGAGGAGUGGAGGCCGUGAAACAGGAGAUGAGGAAAAAAGAGUCAACUCCUCCCCCCCCUCCUCCUCCUUCCCGCAAUGCCCCAGCUGUCCCUACACCUUCUCAAGGGAAGGGAAGAUCAGGCCCACUUCCUGCCCCACCACACAGAAAUUCAACUGCUCCACCUCCUCCUCCUCCAACUCGGAACAUGCCACCUCCACCCCCGCCCACAUUACGUGCCAGUGGAGCACCUCCACCACCCCCACCACCGCCAGUUUCAGGAAUGCCCAUCGGUGGCCCCCCUCCUCCACCACCACCUCCUACAAUAUCAGGUCAGAGCCCUCAACCAUCUUUGCCAGCUCCAGCUGGUGGAAGAGGAGCACUACUAGACCAAAUCCGUCAGGGAAAACAAUUGAACAAGGUGAGUGCCUCCACUCAAAGAGGUGGGAGGGUUCAAACAUCCUGUGAGGGGACUAAAUAUCUAUACAUCUUACAGGUCACAGACAUGCCAGAUACUCCUACCUCCCCCCAGCAGAGCUCAGAGGGAUUAGUAGGCGCCCUUAUGCAUGUCAUGCAGAAAAGGAGCAAAGUCAUUCAUUCCUCAGAUGAUGAGGAUGAUGAUGGUGGAGAGGAUGAUGACGAUGAUGAAUGGGAUGACUAAGCUAAGGUUGCAUUCCUAAGCCUGCUGCUUCUCGUCACUUUGAAAUUAAUCUGAUGUACAUAAUUUGCUUCUGUAUGAUCUGUACAGGAGAUGAUGGAUGGAGGAAAAUUGGAAAAUGCCUAUUAAGCAGACUUAAGUUGUAUGUUAUGGGUUUUUUUUAGGCCUUAUAUAUCUGGUGGUAUCUAUCUCCAGUUGCCUCUGUAGUUCCAGACAUUACAGUAGUGCAGGCCCCAUAGACUAUCUGCAUUAGCUGAUCAACAACUGUGCAUGAGUUUGGUUAUUUUGAAUAAGCCGUUAAAGAGGGCAAGGGCUGCAUUAUGCUAUCUGGGACAACUUCUACACUAGCAUAUGAGUGCAGGAGCAAAUACAGAUUGCAGUUUAAAACCUAGGGGUACCACACUGAGUAAAUAUAACUUCUUUUGUUUAUAAUUUGCUUCUGGAUCCCAAUAUCAAUGAUCUUAUUAAAGAAACAUUAAACUCUGCAUUUCAACAACUCAUAAAAA